AUGAUAUCUAGAGUAAUAUUUGUUGGUAUUGGUGGAGCAACAUGCUCGGGGAAGACAACGCUCGCGAAGCACCUACGUCGAAUAUUACCGGGCAGUGUGAUUCUUCACCAGGAUGACUUUGCACCUCCGCAAGAAUUGGUACCUAUGCACCCAGAGUACAAUGUGCAGGAUUGGGACGACGCAAAAGGCGCUAUAGAUUGGCCAAGGAUGAUUAGGACUCUCGCAGAGGUUAAGAAAUCGGGCGUGAUUCCACCUGAGCACUAUUCUCAUGACCAUCUCAACGAGCAGAAGGACAUCCCCAUCGAUAAUCGCAUCUUCCAGCAUUGGCGAGACAUAUUCACCCAAAUAGACGAAGAGCGUACAAAGAAGGGGGAGAAGACCAUCUGGGUCCUGGUCGAUGGCUUCCUCCUAUACUGGCAUCCAGAGGUAGUCAAUCAGCUAGAUGUCCGAAUCUUCCUGCGAAUACCGCACGAUGUACUGAAGCAGAGACGCCACGAGAGGCAUGGCUAUCAUACAGCAGGUAAGGCCUACCAUCAUGUCCCCCCUCUCUGUCUCCGCUUGCUCCGUCUGCGUCCUGAGAAAUUCGUCUGCUUCUAUGCUGUGACGUUGUAA